UUGGGUUGGGCGGGUUGGGAAUUGGGAUUAUGCUCUCAGCUCGAUGGUACUUAAGUCAACAUCUUAAAGUCAAAGUUAUUGAAUCAAAUUUAAGUGUGGGCCUUGCUAAAGGUCAUUAAAAAUUGAGUGCUGAGAUUCUGAGGCUUAGUGAAGAGUGUUGCUGUUGUGCCUAGCUAGUAAGCGCACUCGUCCAUGCUCAUAGUCCAUAUAUCUUGAUCAAUUCAUAUUACGAUUAUUAAAAGAAAUGGCUCAGAAUGUGCAAAUCUGUGAAAUAUCAAAUGAAGCCAAAGAGAGCAUCAGGAAAUUCCGGUUUAGAAAGGAAACCACCAAUGCCGCAUUGAUUUUGAAGGUGGACAGCGAGAGCCACACCGUGUUUGUGGACGAGGAGCUGGACGACCUCGCCGGGCUGGAAGAGCUGCGGGCGGAGCUGCCCGAGCACCAGCCGCGGUUCGUCAUCUACUCGUGUCGCCUGGAGCAUACGGACGGACGAGUCAGUUAUCCCAUGAUCUUCAUAUUCUCAACGCCAAAAGACGCUAAGCCGCAGCUCCAGAUGAUGUACGCCGGCAGCAAGCUCUCGCUGGUCAAGGAGGCCGACCUGACCAAAGUCUACGAAGUUCGUGAACUGGAGGAGCUCACAGACGACUGGAUCGUGGAGAAGCUCCAAAAAUGAGCUGUCUCCAGCGCCGCUGCUGCCACCUACCGGUCGGUCGGCGACAACUGAGGGCGGGGUGUAGUGGGGGCAUUCGUCGCGGGUGCCGGGGUGGCCGGAAGUAUACCGAUUAAACAGAUCAAAAACAGGAAAAUUCGGUGCCAUCACCUGUGCGGGUUGGUUGUCAGGAGUUUCCGUGAUGCAAUGCAAGCACGCUAUCCGUGGUUGGUAACGUCCUGUGCGAUUUAUGGGUCGUUUACCAUAGUAGAUCACAAUAUUUUAUUUUUGUCGCAAUUUGUUUGUGACAUAGAUUCAUGUAGUGCCUUUUCAAGCUCUCUCCCUAUAAAUGCACAAUGCAUAUGUUUAUGGGAAAUUUUUAUUCGCUCUAGGUUUUUGUUUCGUUUUAUGGUACGUAACAUUUUAAGAAUUUUGUAGUUAUUAACACGAAUCACAUUUAAAUUCCUUCACAAAUUGCGCUAAAUUAUUUGCGAUAGUAGCCUUAAAUGUUCCCUCUGGUAGGAUCACGGACGAAUGUCAUUCACGCUGAUCUGACUAGGCAGGAAAAAGUAUACGUCAUUUUUAUGACCAAUUUUAUUCCCUAUUCAAAGCUGUGCUCGUCUACUUAGCCCGUCAUCCCUUGUAAGACGCUAUCCAAGAUAGCGGUACAUGCCUGUAAAAGACUGAUCUAACAAGUUGGAGCGUUACAUACUAACGUAUCGUUACUGAUAACCAUUUUUCUCGCAAACUCUCCGUCGAUGACCAGGCGUGACACUUUCCAACCAUGUUUGACCAUAUCUUCCGUCACUUUACACAAGUUUGUAUGUGGUUUUCCGGAGUUUAUGCAUUAUGACUAAAAUCAUAUGUUCAUUGUAAAAUCGCACGUAUGUAAAUUCCCACAUUUUUCCUGCACUGUGAGUCUGUUCUUUCUUUCCGUUUGCGCUGUGUUUGAGCUCUGUGGCUCUGUCAUAGCUCUAUCCUUCCUGGAUAUGGACCAAAUAAGACCGUAUGACACGCAUAUAAGACAUUAGACAUUCCUUGUUUUCUGCUCGUUCUGACCAACAGCUGUAUAUUCCGUCGUAUGUUUUGUUCAAAUGCUGAUCAAAUGAUUUUGAUGGUGUUGAGCUACAUUACGUGAGCUCCUUUUUAUGCUGCAGUGUCCGCACCGGUCUUGCCUCAUCAACCCUCUUGCCAUACAUAGAUUAGCUUUACGUUUUUGCCUUACGUUUCCGAUUUUUUUUUUUUUUUGUAUCAACAUCUCGCAACCAAUUAAUAGACACACUGUUGCUCAAUUUUAUCCAAACCUAUUGAUAUCUUGUGAAUAGUAAGCGAAUGGCUUUUUCCUUAUAUGUCUUUGGCCCUUUGGGUGGAUCUUAUUGUUUCCUUAUGUCUCUACUCUUGGUAACUGUGGCUAUGUUACCAUUAUCUAUCGGCAACUCAAUGUCCCCUGAUUCGUACGAAAGCACUAAUAAUUUUAGCUGUAGGUAAUGCCAGGAAUGCGCCACGAUCUAUUUUGAUAUACUUUGUGCCCAGAAAGCUUCCAUUCAUCGUGCAUUUAUCGAAUAAUGUAUCUUACAAAUUGAGGGUUGUGGAACGUUGAAGGAUGUUAAAAAGCACUUGUCUCACAAACAUCAUUUAUGCCUUGGUCAUGCCUUUUUCACAAAUGCUGCGUGGGCGUUUGGUCGUACACGGAUGUUUUAAUCGCUAUGCAUAUGAUUGUGUCGCAUUGGGUUUGGAUCUGUUGAAAUUUUGUAUAUUCUGGAAUCUGGUGGCCAUUGCACUAGAAAAGGUCUUCCCGCAAGUAUUCUGUGGACUUUUCUAUGAACUCUUGAGCAAAAUGUUAACAUCUACUUAAAUAUUGAUAGUAAAAAGAAGUUUGUAAAACAUGUCAUGUGAUUCAAACGCGCUGCCGGCACCGUCGGUUUUCGCACGCAAACACAUUGCUCUACUACUCGCGCGGUACGAAUGCACCUAAGCAGUGGCACCGUAUCCGUCUGUACCCCUUGUAUCGGUCUCUAUCUGUACCGAAGUCCUGCGUCUAUGCUUCACCGGGCGGGCUGGAGGGUCGUUCCACUCCGCCUGUCCUUGUAACCGGCAUGUCAGACUUUGUGUGUGCGCGUGCCGGCCGCCUGUGCCUUCCGUUCAGCCUCGCGCGUGCUGGCGUGUUUGUCUACGCACGCGGGGGGGGGGGGGGGCGUGUGCCGUGAGGGGUUUGAAUUGUAGCGAGGCGCGCGUGAUCUGUUUUAUGCAAGGUCAUGUUUUUGCUCUUCAGUAGCUGAGUGCCGGGCGGCGCUGCCGCGUUAGAGACCCGCAGUCUGUUUGGAUUAGUUAGUUCGUUUAAUCAAUAUAUGCGUUGCGUAGGAGUAGACUAAACACAGGUUCCGAGGCUCGUGGUCGUGGUGAGUUGCCGGUUUUUGUCCACGACACCCGCAAGGUUAACAUGUGUACCGAUACCAUGACCUGUGGACCAAAGAUUUGUGAUUCAUUUUAGUCAACGCUGAAUUGGAUAUUUCAUAUAUACUCGUGCUUUUUGGUCAUGUUUUUGUGCACAAAUACAUACGACCAAAGGCAGCGAA